AUGACCACUUUGGAUGAUUUUAUAGAAGAGUGUCUAAACGAACACAACGCGAGGCGAGCCUUACACGGAGCGCCUCCUCUAAAACACAGCCGUGCGCUGGACAAAACGGCCCAGGAUUGGGCCGAGGUUCUGAUCUCAGAGGAUUGCAUCAGAAACAGUCCGCUCUCCAGCCGUGGCGAAAUCGGCGAAAGCAUUAAUAUGCGUACUAGCACAGCUGCUCGUGUAGAUGUUCAAGGAUCGGAGGUAGUGAACCAGUGGUACUCCGAUAUGAAAAAUUACAACUUUUCCGAUGGAAAGGGACCAGCUGGUAAUUUUACUCAACUGGUUUGGAACGCCACAAGAGAAGUUGGUUUCGGUAAAACUAGAGCAGCUGGGAAAUGUGUUGUGGUCGCACACUAUCGUCCUCCAGGGAAUGUUCGCGGUAGGUAUCUGGACAACGUCGCUCCUCCACUUAGUGGAAACACUACACAGUUAACUGAUCAAGCUCCGUCUGAACGGUCAGCGAACGAUACAGCUGCCACACGAUCAGUGGUGACUGAAACCAUAACCGACCCACAUGGCAAGAAGUACAUGGUGAGACGGGAAAUCGUCGAGUCGGUCGAAGCAGAUGGACAUAUUAGAAGAUCUGUGAAUGAAACAUACAGCGAUCCAUCUGAAUCCAGGCGGGAUAUAACAGACGCCAUACGUUUUAGCCGCUCAUCAGAUUUACCGAAAACCGAAACAUUGCAGCGAACAGUGGAUUCACGCCAGUCGACCGAUGGGGCUGACGACUUCGCGGAAUCAGUAACACGAGCGCACAACGUUUAUCGACUGCGACAUAACGCCCCAGAUCUUAAGUUAGAUCCGCACUUGUCAAAGAUGGCUCAGGAUUGGGCGGAUUACCUGGUGAAUCAGGACUUCCUCUCGAACAGUGGCAUCACUUACCAGGGUAUCCGUUUGGGCGAGAAUGUGUUCAGUCGCUGGUCAAAUACACUUAACCGUAUAACAGGCCAAGAGGUGGUGGACCACUGGUAUCAAGAGGUCUCCAAGUACGAACCUGGAUCAGAACCCGAGAGUAUCCAAGGGAUCGGCAGUUUCACACAGCUGGUGUGGACAGGGUCACAAUGCAUUGGCGUUGCGUUUGCCGCUCAACCCAAAAACUUCGCCGAAAGUCCCCUGACCAUGAGUGCCAAGUUUAUCGUCGUCUGCUUCUACUACCCACCUGGAAACGUAACUGGACAAUUCAAAACUAAUGUGAAAUUUGCGGCGAAAUGA